AUGGUGCGGCCAGAAACAGUUACACGUAGCUCACGGGGCAGCAAACGCUCUGGUGAUGGCAGUCCGUUUCACGGUGCUGAUCAGCCCAAUGCGUUGCCUGACUCGAAACGCCAAAGACGGGGCAGAUAUGUCUCUCAGGCAUGGUAUGAUAUUAUGCCUCAGGCCAUUUUCGGCUUCUUCCGGUCAACUGACCCAAACCCUACAGUAUGCAAUGUCGCCAGCGAAAGGUCAAAUGUGAUGGGAACUUGCCUUGUCAACCUUGCCUCCUUAGCGGGCGACGAUGCUCCCAUAAUGCCAUCGAUCUACGACGUCGAACAUCCCUUAGAAAUGAAGUGCCUGCAAGUCAUCGUGAGGGGGAAGGAUGUGUUGACGAGAUUGGAUCGCGUCGAACGCCAGUUGCAGUCUCUCAUUAAUGCUGUAUGCCCUGCUUUCAAUGGGCGUGACAGCAUCGAUGCAGAAACAGGCCCAGUGGAUAGACCAGGAUCGACCACCAUCGAGAACGGAUCCUUUACUAGCUCGAAGAACAAGGCGCUUGUUCGUGAUGAGGUAAACUCUUUUUCCGGUGAAACUUCCAUCCGACAUGUAUUGGAGGAAGUCGAGGAACGCUUGGAGACAACUCAAGGCCACGGUGGUCCUGCCACCAACGCUCCACAUUCUCAGAUUUCCACACCGAUUUUGACCCCGUCACCUCAUCAUGAGAUGGGAGAACAGAGUCCACAGUACAAUAAUCACCGAAAUGUAUUCCUAACAUACGGUAUCCAGCCUAAGCGAUCGCAGUGGGAUAAGUCCUUGGACAUCUUUUGUGCGGAAAUCCAUAUCUUGUAUCCGUUCUUACACCUACCAACACUCCGAAACAAUCACGAUGCCAUGUGGAAUAGUCUCGCUUUGUCUUCUGAACCUGACAUCCACAAAUCAAAGACCUCCGAGAUAGCUCUGGCUCAGCUUCUCGUAUGCAUUGCUAUUGGACAGUGUACCGAGUCACCAAGUGAAAUGUUUCGACGGAUGUGGUGGAGUCUUUACAUCUUGGAUCGUCGCCUGGCUAUUGAGACCGGCCACCCAUCCUUGAUCCAAGAUGUCAAUGUUGACACGCCUUUACCUCGACCAGUAGACGAUGAUCAGCUCUCUGCGUCCCUAAACCGCCCCAAUGCUGACCUAGACAUGCCUCAACUGUCGGAAGCAAAUGGCCCUCAUACCACUUCGUUUCCCUACUUUAGAGCUAUGAUAACCUACUCUCAAAUUUUGGGCAAAGUCUGGGAGGGGCUCUAUGGCGCUAAGAGCUUGGAUCCGGCUCCCAACUAUCCUCUCCGUGAGCAUCUUGAACGCCUGCUGUUCCGGGCUCAGAAAGAUAUUCAUCAGGACUUUGCCCAUCCCCACUAUGGAUCACGCGCAACGCAACUUGCCGAAACGCCAUGGUGGCUGAUAAAGCAGCAAUCCCUAAUGCGAACUCGGUGGCUAUCCGUUCGCCUUCUGAUACGCAGGCCCCUGCUAUGCGCAUCUGUUUCGCCUGACGGGACUCCUCUGGACUUGUUCGAGAACGAAAUGUCAUGCAUGCAAAUUGCUAAUGGCAUUAUUGAAGAGGUCUCCCAGUUCCCUGAGGAAAAGACUAUCUUCACUUUUCCUUUCAUACACUACCUAAUUGGGGCGACAAUAACCUCCCUCGGGCUGAUAAUGAAGGAGAAUACGUUCAAGGCUGCCUAUGGCGGAGCCACAGUUCAUGCCGUCCGAUUGCUGGAGUCUUAUUGUACCAAAACAUGGGUAUCUGGGAAGUUGAUACGAGUUGUUUCAAGGCUGAGGCAUAUGGUGUCUCGGUUAUUGAAAGAAGACAAUGUCGUGGGCUCGGGAUUCUCACUAUAUAAACAUUCAGCUCGGGCUCCCGAGGUUCUGAACAGUCGGGCUCAACCAACAGGGAUCGGCAGUGGCAAAGUUUCUUCCAUGACUCACCCAAGCCAAGUACCAAGCGACGCGUUAGUAGGGGAACGCGAUUUUGUCAGACCACCUGAUAUGAAAGUUCGUUCGGGUGUAGGAGGCGAGGCCACCUCUCAGAUGCCACCUUUGUACGGGCCAGAUAUUACUGCGCCUUGCUUGUCUACGCAAGUCCUGUCAUUCGAUGGCCUGGCCAGCCUAGUUAUGUCUGACUUUGACUUUGAGGAAGGCGUCCCGAUUGGUACUGGAUUUGGAAUGCAUCCUACACAAGGUCCCGCAUGCAUACAGCCCUCACCAAGCGACCAGCCACAAAGCGGUGCGUGCACUAGUCAUACUACUUCGAGACCCUUGGCUAUGCAUGACGAACUGGCUGUUGGUGAAUUUGGAGAUAGUGGAUUGGAGGAAAUGGAGUGGUUAGAAGCUUUGUUUGGCAAUUAUGUCAACUCUGGAUAUAUACAUGGUCAAGACACGUGA